AUGAAAUUCUGUGGUCGGUUGAAGAAAUUCAUGCACGGGUCUCAUCAAGACCGUCGGGGUGACAGCAAGUCAAAGAAUCAACAAAUUCUGCAUCCGAACACUGAAUUUAGCGUGGAGGCUAUCCCAGCUUUUGUUGAUGUGCCACCAGUGGCUCUCACUGGUCACUGGAAAGAUGCCCUUGAACAGGUCAACAGCGAACAUCCAAAGCUGGUGGAGAGUUAUAGGAAAAUUCUCCUGCAGCAGACACCAGUUGGAGGCGAAUUGCCAUCUGACAGCGACUACGACCUGCUCCUUGGGGAUCUGAUCAAGACGCGAUUCCAAGAGAUUGAGAAGGCCCAGCUCAAAUUUACCAUUUACGGGAGAGAAAUUAUAGUGCGAGAGCAAGUUCGCCGCACCGUGAACAUCAUUCUGACCGCGAAGGAUUUCAUUUCAACAGCGGUGAGCUCAGAACCGCACGCAGCACUGGCAUGGGCGGGAGUCUUGGUUCUUCUUAAUCCUGUUGUUAAAUCGACGACCCAGGGCGACGAUGCUAUGGAAUUCUUUGAAAAGAUUUCGAUGCUGAUGGUUCGAUAUAGAGUCGUGGAAUCUACUCCUAUCGACCUACCAGCAAGUGCCAGCCCAGACCAUGCCAAUUCAUUAAAAGAUCUUACAUCCUUGAUCAACACCCAAAUGAUCAAACUCUAUGCCCAAAUUCUGAAAUACCAGAUUCACCUUGCGAAACAUUUUAUCAAGUCAGGGUUCUUCCGGUUUGUGGAGGAUUUGGCGGUGACCGAUGACUGGAACGGAAUGUAUCGGGCAAUCAACGAUGUUGAUGAAAGUAUUUGCCAGAGCCUGAAUACUUUGAAUAUGCACACCAUGACAAGGAUUGAGUGCGAUCUUGGAUCUUUGCACGGCAAAAUAGAUGCCUCAAAAGAAAUAAUGAUAGAUGCGAGGGACAAUGCGAAGGAAGCAAGGGAGGCACAGUUGCUAAGUCAGCUAGAUAUUGCAAAAGAAGCCAGGAUGGAUUCUUGGGAUGUUGGACAAAAAACGCCCGGUUGUCUCGAAGGCACCCAGGUCAAGACCCUUCAGGCAAUCCAAAAUUGGCUCGAAUGCCCGCAGUCCGGAAAUAUUUAUUGGCUCUCUGGUAUGGCUGGAACAGGGAAAUCCACGAUUUCACGAACCGUUGCUAUGGCUUGCGGUCGGAAGCGAACCAUGGUGAACCAAGAGCCAUUACCGAGAAACAUUCUGCUAGGAGCGUGCUUCUUUUUCGACAAGAAUGACAAUGAUCGGAAAACCGCAAAGCGCCUUUUUACCACUAUCUGCAGCGACCUGACAACGAACCUCCCCGAUAUCAAGAGUGAUGUCUGUGAUUGUAUAUCUGCCCACCCGCACAUCGGCAGUGAAUCUAUCAGUAACCAAUGGAGGCGCCUCAUUCUUGACCCGCUUGUGCUGCUAGAUAAAAAUAGCUUGGUACAACUCACUUUGGUCAUCGUGAUCGACGCUCUUGAUGAAUGUGAGGAUGAUGAAGACAUCGACAGCAUUAUUCAACUCUUCAACCAGGUGGACAUGCUCAGUACCAUCUCGCUGCGGCUGUUGCUCACGAGUAGACCAGAGAUACGUAUCCAGUCAAGCUUCAAUAGCAUUUCAAAUGAUCCACGGUCUGCUUUCCAGAAAAAUGAGCUGCAGAAAGUCAAUGUUGUCAACAUUGAUGACGAUGACAUCACAAAAUUUGUCAGCUUUGAGCUGGAUCGGAUUGCACAGAAACACAAUAUGGGAAAGGACUGGCCCGGGAAAGAGCAAAUCAAAAAGCUUGCGGAAAAAUCAGAUGGGCUCUUUAUUUAUGCAGCGACGGCAUGCCGAUUUCUGAGUAGCUCACGCUUGGCCAAGAAUGAACGUGAACGACGCUUGCAAAUGAUUUUUGAAGGCAAAUGUGAUGAGUCAACCCCACAGCACAGUCUAGACUUGAUUUACACCCAGAUCCUCCAAAUCUCAGUCAUCGGUGAGGCCUUAGAUGAAGAGAAAGAAGAAAGGUGUCGCCUAUUUCAAAAGGUUGUUGGAGCACUCAUCACCUUAUUCACGCCUCUCUGCAUCGAAGAUAUUUCCAAAUUACUCGCGGAGAACAAGUCCGAUAUUGAAUCAAUCUUUCAGCGGCUUCAUUCAGCAAUAUCAGGCGGGGAAGACAGAGCUUCCCCUGUUCGUUUACUUCAUUUAUCCUUCCGCGAUUUCUUGCUUGAUGAUCAAAGAUGCUUAGCUCAGAGCUUCUUGAUUUCUCAGAGAGACGUGCAUGAUUUACUACUGACGGAUUGUCUUCACGUUUUAUCGGCUACCUUGAAACAGAAUAUCUGUUCUUUCUCGGAUGAAUCUACUCUCGCUGCGGAUAUUGAACCUGCUCAGUUGGAAUCACAUCUUCCGCAUCAUGUCCAGUAUGCAUGCCUGCAUUGGGUCGGCCAUCUCCAAGGAGCCAUGAGAGAGUCUCUUGAUGGAGAUGAAGUGUUCAAAUUUUUGACCGCCCACCUCCUCCACUGGCUCGAGGCUCUCUGUCUCAUGGGUAAAUUUUCGGAAGGCCUCUACGUGUCAUCCCUCGCAUACUGCCCAGAAAACAGCUAUGUUCGAAAGUAUUUUAGCCACGUCAUCCCCAAGUCAAUCAUCCGACCUCCGAAGGUCAGAAAAGGAUGGGAUUCGUGCCAACAAACUCUUUACGUUGCUGCACGACAUAAAAAUCUUUGUUUCUCUCCCGAUGGCAAACUGGUUGCGAUCUGCACAGUGCAUAUCUGGGAGACCGCGACAGGAUCACUGGUCAAAACUUUUGACACCUUGGAGAAGGGCUGCUUGGUUGAAUUCUCUUCUGAUGGAAAGCAGAUCAUCUGCUUAUUGAAGGAUGCCACUGUCAAAGUAUGGAAUGUGGCUACCGGUAUUCUGGUUAAGGAGAUACAAGGCCAUCCGGACAGCUCUUUUGUGCCCAUUCUGGGUUUAUUUUCCUCUGACAAAUCUUUGGCCGUCUUCGCCGACUCCAGAGGAACAAUUCAGAUUCUGGGCUUGGAGAAUGAGGAAACAAAGAUACCUAUUAAAGCCUAUACUGAGCAAGACAGUUCCGAAAAAAUGGUUCUUGCUUUAUCACCGGACGGGACAACUCUGGCGACUGGCUACGAGGAUGGAAAACUUGAGUUUUGGUGUACCCUCACUGGAAAUGUGCGACAUGGGGUUGACUUCACAUUUUCCGCUCAUGGUCCAUUUUCUGAUCGUGGGAAAUACGCAAACGGUCGAUUUUCACUGGACGGUACGAAAUUUGGCUUGACAUGCGGUGUUGGUAUUCUACAUGUUUGGGAUACUGCGAAGGGAGUUCUAUUGAAGCAGAUCAAUGAUGAUUGUUUGGAUUUGAUAUUUUUACCAGACGGUCGCCUCCUCACGGCAGACUCCAGAGAAGUCAGGAUCUGGGACUUGGAGCCUGGCGCAAUAGUUGAAAGAUUUCCGGUUUCGUUUGGAAGCGAAAUCUCUUUGAGGCUGUCGGCUAAUGGCAACCUGUCCUCUGUCGAAGCACCAUGCAUGUGGGGGGCCUGGUGUUCAGGGGGUCAUUCAGGCAUUAAUGUCUUGAACUUGGUCACUGGACUAUCGACGGCCCUGAACGGACACACAAGUAGGGUCAAUGAUCUGGUGUUUUCCCAUGAUGGCAUGAUGGCAUCGGCAGCUUCCGACGGCACCGUUCGGCUCUGGGAUUUGACUCUGCCAUCAACCUUGGAACAAGCCGAUAAGGAGAAAUAUUCGAUCCGAGAUGUGAUUACAUCGCCCUGCAAUGAUGCUGCGCUUAUAGAUCUCUUUGGCCAGGCCCUUCUGUGGGAUGCCAAAACCGGGACCAUCAAAAAAGCAAUUGAUGGAUAUGGAUUGUGGUCUUUCUCGCCUGAUGGUCGGUUAUUUUUCCGCAAGAUCGAUAAUAACCACCAAGUAUGGAGUAGAGAUACCUGUGAGCUGCUCCGUGAACUCCCGAUUCAAUCGCCUGGUAUGCGUUGGCAAGAUGUGGCGUUCAGUCCAGAUGGCCAGCUCCUAGCAACCAGACUUGGGAUUUGGGAAAUAUCCACGGGGGAACAUUUGCAUACUUUUUCGGCCGUGACCGAGGUCUUACACGGGGACAAACUUUUCCCCAGUUUUGGCGACUAUGGAAAACGCGUAGAAUUUUCCCCAGAUGGCAGACUUUUGGCGAUUCGCCUCAACGGGGAAAGCAAUGCAGAUCACAAGACGGCCGUUCUUGAAAUAUGGAACGUCACCCCAUGGAAACGCUUGGCCGUUCGAGUGAUUUCUGUCGACUCCAUGGCAAGACCUGACUAUAUGGGUUUCACUCCCGAUAGGAAAUCCCUGGCCAUUGGAGGUUAUUGCAUGGGUUUACAACUUUGGAACUUUACGAGCGAUCGAGUCACGAUCCCUUGCACCCCCGGCUGGUCCGUAGAGGCCAUAGCAUUUUCUCCCGAUAGCAAACGACUAGCAUUUUGGCGCAGCGAUUGGAAAUUUGGACUUUAUGAUCUGGCUACGGGAACUUUGACCACCAAGAAGACAGAUUUUUGUAAUCACUGGCCUGGUAUCGGGAGGGUUCAACUGUACUUUUCAGAAGACAGUGCUAUGCUAGACACGUCCUUUGGUCGAAUAGACGUCGAUGCGUUUUUCCACGGGACGAAUUCAACAAACAGCGCCGCGAUGUUUGUAGACAACAAUUGGGUUAUGCAGGGAUCAAAACGGGUUUUUUGCUUCCCCCGGAGGAUCCAGUGGAGAAUGCAGCAGCCCUCAUGGACACACUGA